ACGUAUUGUGAAGUUGUGCGGUUGUGUGUCUGCGCGAUGAAAGUCAAGAAUGGGCUACUUUAAUGCGCGCUGUGUGCGUCUGUGUACAGUUUUAUGACAUGAAGGCAGUGUGUUAAUCAGUAUAAGAACCCUUGGCUUUGACUGUUCACGACAGCGUGAUCUGCAGUUCAGCUCACAGUCAUGAGGCGGCUUUUCAUAGUUAUUCUGCUUGCAGCGGUGGUUUGCAGGUCUCGUGUGGUUUGCUCGGGAAGCACGUCAACCCGGGGCCUGCUGCAGUCAACCAGAGUAGCAGAUUUGGGAUCAUGCCAGCAGCAGAGGCAGCUUGGGCCACGGGGUAAAAUAAGCAGCCCAGGAUAUCCAAUUUCCUACUCCAAUCACACAUCGUGCAGCUGGUCGAUUAUCGGUCGCCCUGACCAGGUCAUUACGAUAAGUUUUGAUGACUUGGACCUUGGCGGCCUGGAAGACUGUGAGAAAAACCCCUGUUGUGGCGGCACUUGGAUAAAGCUGGGCCCUACACCAAAUGGAGGCGAGAGAGUGCACUGUGGGCGCAAGCGUCCCGAGCCAUUUAUUUCACGAAACAGUAAAGUGUGGAUCAAGUUCCACAGCUCCCCUAUGCAGGUGCCUCAAGGCCGAGGCUUCCAGCUGACUUAUACUGUAGGACCAGAAAAGUGUCGCUCUGAAAGAGGCGCUUAUCUGUGUGGUGAUGGAAGGUGUGUUACAGAAGAUUCUGUUUGUGACCGGGUGACAGAUUGCCCAGAUGGCAGCGAUGAGUAUGGAUGUUUGAGGAACAGCAUGAUAACGGCUGCUAUCAUUGGAUCCCUAUUCUGCGGGUUGCUUGUUGUGGUGGCUGUGAGCUGCUCAUGCCGGCUGUAUGCAUUACGGCUGGCACAGCAGCAAGCGGCAGCCGCUGAGGGCCCCAUGGACUCUCCUCCGCUGUUUGCAGACAGUGCGCCACCAGACUUUUGGUUUCGAGAGCCUCCGCCACCAUAUGCAGUUGCUGUUGGCGACCACAGGUACCAUGUCCCACCAGAUGGCGUGAUAGUGUAUGGGCCUGGAAGCACACAGAAUGACCUGGGAAAUCUGUGUACACGAGGCACACAACGUCGCACACGGCGCCUGCGGCGCCAUCGGCGUCGGCCUCCGUCCCCUCCAACACCUUCAGUCACGUCUCAUGAGACAGGAUCAUCUGAGGAAGUGCUGGCCACUACAGUUCAUGGUGAUAACAGCCUUGUCCUGGGUGUCCACACAGCUGCAACAUCUCGACGGAAAGUCUCAACAACAUCUGUGCUGUCAGAAGCUAGCCGGAUGGCCCUGCCUGUAGUAGCCACAGACACUGUGGUCAGCUGUGAUGACACACGGCCACUGAUUGAGGAUGACCCCCACUGUACCACAUGAGUCACCAAAUUUAGUUGGCACAUGUGCUGGUGCCUCAUAUGAGCUCUGGGAUGUCCACAUGGCAUUGCUCAGCAGUGGCUAUAUGACUAUGAGCAGUUUACAGAUGCCAGUCUUUACUGGCAGGAGAAUCUGUGCUAGCUGAUAACUUUAAUGGCAUGUUCAGUUAACAUGUUUUGUUUGUGAAGAGUGUCACAUGCACCGUCAUUUAAUUUUGGUCAUUCGUUCAUUCAUCGGUUUUGCGAGUAGCUUCAUUGCAUUAACCAGCAAAGCAGACCACAUUCUAGAUUCACCAUUUUGCUGGAUGUACCACGUGUAAUUUUGUGGUACGUGGAUAAUGUAUUUUGCUAAAGGUUAAUUUUGUCGUGUGAAGGGUACUGAAAGCAGCACCACUGUGAUGUUACUACUAACCUUUAGGACUUCAUGUACUCCGCCUGAAAUGACACUGAUUUUGCGCAUAGCACUGUGUUAUCACUAGUACUGAUAGCAUUCAGUGUCCAGGAUGUGAUGUUAAAAGUUAGAAGUUUAUGAGAACUUUGUUAAUGUAAGCAACUCCAUGGACAGCAGUCUGAAGUCAGCGUUUGGGUAUUGCACUCCUUUAAGGUUUUCCCAAGGUCAGUUUUAAAUGCUUUCAUAUUUCUGAACUUGGGAUCACGUGUUGCAGUUCCCUCUUUUUGCCUGUUAAUGUGAGCCGCAUAGGCACAAGUUCAGUCUUGUUAUGUACACAAAUAUAUAUAUAUAAAUAUUAUAUAUGUAUAGUUGCUACUUGUAUAGGUUGUUGUACAAGGAUAGAAAGGGUUUGUACAGAAUUGUAUCGUUGUUAGCAGCUGUCCACUUACUUUUAAAAUGUUCAUCAUUCUUAUGGCAGAGCAUUUAUAGGCCUUAACAUGCAUAUCACGUAUCACCCUGCUUCUUCUUUCAAUACUUUUUGCUUCAAGUUUUAGUAGGUGGACUGGUGGACUAUGUUGAAUGAAACUGCGUGCAUGUUAAUGUCCAUACUUUGACUGCUGUGUCAAAACAUUCACCAGACUGCAAGAAAAAAAGUUUGGUGUAAGUUGAUAACUUUAGGUUAUCAGGAUUUUACAACCACUUGCUCUGUAUAUGUUCACUCCCACAUGCUGUGUUCAAGCAAACAUUUAAACUCAUGGUGCUGCCAAUGAAAAAUGCUUCAGCCAGUAUGCCCUCCUGGCAUGCUGCUUUAGUUCUUGCACUCUAAAAACAUUUGUACCUUUUAGGGCACCUUUUUGUCCUACAAUAUGUAUUACUUAUCUGUCUUGCAUGUGUUUCCUUGCUUUAAUGCCACGUGCGUGGCAUCAGCGUGGCAGCAUUCUUGAUGGGAAAGUGCCUAGCACCGUGUUUUCCAACAAAGGAAACGCAAGCAAGACAGGUGACGGUUAUUGUUGUGUGACAAAAAGGAACUCCAAGGGUGCAACGGUUUUUAGAAUGUAGCUGCUUGAACAUUCUGUGAAUCUCUGAAAGCGUUGCGAAUGAUCUGAAAUGGUGAAAGAAAAGAGACUGGAGUGCAUAUACAGCCCCCCCCCCACUUUUUUUUCUUAGGACUACAGAAUUUUAAAAGAACUCCCCUAGCAGAUAGCACAACUCUAAUCUUUCAACUGCAUUACUUGAAGAUGCAGACAUUACUUGCAUGAGAAAUUGCAAUGUGUAACGGGUAAAUUAAAUAAAUCGGACUAAUUAAACAUUUUACUAAUUAAUUUACAACACAUAUAUUUUGAAUUUACUAAAUAUAGUUCAUGAAUUAACAAAGCAUAUUCAUUUAAAACAAAAUCUUUGGAUACGGCCAGUUUUGAGGUAGUCAUUUCCAAAUGUGUGACAAAAUACAUUUUAGUGUUUAGUUACUGUUGCAUCUCUAUGUGUAAAACAAAGUUUCAUUAAAGAAGUAAAUGGAAUUAUAGUGCAAUACCACCAGAAAGUGUGUCCGUGCCCCUGUCGAAAUGUGCAUUAUCCUCAGAAUUCAUUCCAUGUUGAUAUGUCUUGUAAACUCAGUAGCUAUAAAUUGCUGCUUACAAUAUGUGCUUUAAUGUAAUUUUAAAAAAUUAUUGACUUUUUAAGAUAAUAUAUUUUGCAUUUUGUAAGCUUGUGGUAAUAAUGUCUGCCUCUUCAAGCAAUUCAGUUCACUUAGAGUAAUUUAAUCUGUUAUAGGCGAUUUUAAACUUUCUGUGAAAGCAUAAAAGUGUUUCAUAUUCGUACAGCUAUUCGUUGCCAUGAUGACCAUCCGGUAUAUUUUUUAAAACAGCAUAUGUAGCUAAACAAAACUGUUGCUUUGAAGCUUAUGGCAUUUAGAUUUUUCAGCAUCUUUGAAUAGCCAUACCAGAGCGUCUUCCAUCCUACCGUAACAGAGCUUUUCCUAUCCCAAGCAUGAUAACUCAGUUACGUUAUAUUGAACUGGCGAAGUGUUUCCUUUAUGCUAAGGGUAGCUUUGUGUGUGCUCUUCUUAUGUUGGUAAGUACAAGGUCUUGAUGUUUUGCUUUCAUUUCAUGCAUUUGUCAGAAACCAAUUUUAAUUGUUAAAGGUUGAUGCAAGGCUCUGCCACAGAUAUACCACUUUCAGGUGUCAGUUGUUUGUUAAAAGAUUAGUUUUAAUCUAUUUCUUGCAUAUUCAGUAUCAUUAAAUACUUGCAGCAACAAGACAGAUACGUAGGAGGAGUUAUUGACACAAAAUUUUAAUGGAGACAUAACUUGCGAGAUUGAUUUGUGUGGACAUGCACACACAUUGUCUACAAGAUAUUGACGACAAAUUUUGCCUUAGAACAUAUGUAUUUAAAAUCAAUCUUUAACAUGAGUGCCUCGCAACUGAGCACUAAAUGCAGCACCUCACUAUAUCAACAUCAACUUGGUUUGUAUGUAAACAAACAGCCACCUACGCCAUCAGUGUCCGGAUCUGGGGACUUGUGACAUACUCUUUGUUGUCACUAGAGGAGGAAGGCUGCGCACGUCAUGCGUUGCCGUGCACGGCGUGCAUGUCAAUUUUGUGUGAUCAUGUUGCCAGCUGUGUUUACCUUCAAAAAACUCUGGACACUCCUUCCUCGUUGCUCCAUGAAACUGAAACUGUGACUAUGAAAACAGCUUCAAAUAAUCAACUGUUGCAAGCUGGAGUGAAUGAAGUUUCCGGCCGUGAUGAGUGGUAAUUAGCUACUUACUGCAACAGAAAAAACAAAAUACGAAAUUUUCCAGUCAGUAUCUUUAAAUAUUGUUUGCUCCCCCCCACUCUCUCCUCCCGGCCACACACACGCACAUGCAAAUGCAGAGUUACUGCCAAAAACUGUCGAACAUACUUAAGAUGUGGCAACAUUGUCACCUGUUUAGCAUGAACAGUUGGUGGGAAACGGUAUGCCAUUAUAUCUGCCCAUUACAAGGAGCUGUUGUCAAGAACAAUGAAGCAAAUGCACUACAUGACGGCAUUCUGGUGCAUUGCAUCUGGUGCAACUCUUCUAUGACGCACUUUAUGCUAAAUAAUGUGUGAACAGUGGUGUGUUAACGAGUAUGUGACAUGGUUUAGCCGUCAGUACUUGCUUCCAUUAGUGCUUAUGAGUUUUAAAUGUCAUUUGGGCCUGAAUAUGUACAGUAUAUUCUUGUGUAAGGGCUGCACCCAUAAGUUUUUAUCGACAUAUUUAGGGAAAAAUAGUUCAGAAACUAUUUGUACCUUGGUUGCAGCUGCCUUUCCUGGGUGCGUGUCUUGUCAUCAGUCUACACUGUCUCUUUGCAUAACAAUGUGAUGCAGGAGGCAUAUCAGACCUUUGUCACUAAAGUCGUAUUCCUGCAGCCUGUCUUGGCACACUUCCGCUUUGUGAUGGCCUGGUUGUCUGCACAUUAUGCAGCAAGCCUUCAUUGUUCCCACGCUGCCUUGAAACAUACACGGGAACUAAUGGCUGUGACAUUCCAUUCAUUUUUUUGGCUGAGAACCCUGGUAUUUUUCCAUUGUAGAAGAAACUGAGUGAUAGCACAUCUAGGGCUGUGCCUGAGGAUGGCUUCACCUUUGAACAGCACACGAUCAGUGAACCAGAUUCCAGCUGUUUAAGCGGUAUCAUUGCCUACCAAUUACAAGAAAUGAAGUAGUAAACAAAGCUAUAAAGAAACUUCCCUAGGUGGUUGCAUAUAGAAACAGUAACGAUCCAUUUUUCAAAGCAGAUCUGCAUUUAUUUACUCUUUGCUGGUGUAAAAGUUGCACCUAAGAAAUUUGUACUGAAAUUUGAGCAAAAUAGUGCUGCCCUAAUAUGAGAAUGUACAGUACAAUGUUGAACAACUGCAAGUGCUCUGCACUGCAACUGCAAGUUCACUUGUGUAAGUCAGUCACGUUUACCAUUCGAACAAGAUUUUGGCCCGGAAUGAUUGUGCUUUAAGUAAAGGCCCUCUUUCAGGAACUGUAGUAGCAUAAAAUGCUGUUUCAGGUGGUGAUGUGAAGCAGCCUCCAUGUGAAAUUCUGAGUUUGAAAUGCAUCGUAGAGUGAGUGCGUUGUAAAAAACACAUAAAAGUACAUUUUUGAAACCAUAGCUGAAGGAAAUGCCACUAUUACCAGUUGCUGGAAACAGUGCACAAUCAGGAAUGCACAGCUCCUCUGCCUGGCCUCCAGUAUUGGACAGCACCUGCAGCUGACCGUGGUACACUGCAAAAUCUUGGAGGCAACUUGCUGGCACUAGGUCGUAGCCAUAAAAUCAAUUCAGUAAUAUAGACUACUGAUCUACAUAACCUUUACCAAAGUGAAACUUAUUUGCAUUUUGGCUUGUGUAUGAUAGUAUUAGAGGAGUUCAAGAUUCAAAGGGAUAUGCAUCAUGAUUUAUAUAUACCUGGUAUUACAAAAAAUGUGCUGAAGCUUAAAUUUAUGGUAAUACUAUUCCCUACUGUUUCUGGAAGUAACACCAAAAUACAAGUUUGCAUUAUCAAUCAUACUACAAAUGUAGUGCAAGGUGACAAUAUUCGGAGCACUUGAAUAUGGUCUAAUGGCAGUACUAUUCUGGUUUUUUGCUAUGACUGCACAUAUGUCUCAUUGGUGUUUUUUUCUUGUUUGGGAGAUUUGCAGCAUGACUAAAUACUGGAUAGCAAUAGUUCCCUUUCGCAUUGUGGAAACUGCGAAAAGCCUCAAGCAAUGAGCAAUGCAAAGGCUUGCAGGAGGAGGUUGCCAGAACGUAUUUGUAUAUACAGUGUUGUCUCAUGCCACCAGCAAACACACCUAUGCAGAAACUGCAGCUGCAUUACAUUGUUAUAAGUUAGAACGUUGUAAUAAUUUCUUAAAAUGAAUUCAAGGUUAUCUGUGUGCAAUAGUUGGGAGCCAAGUGAAGCUGCUUGAAUCCACAUGUUUCUGUAGCAAUGCCAAGGCGUACAGUUAAGUACGAUCUUAAAUAUGGAGACAAGCUUUUACUCAUGUUGCGAUUCACACAAGGUGAAGCAAAGCAAGAGCCAGAUGUAAGUUGUUGUUUUUUGUUUUUUCGAAUGCAAUGUAUUGCACAGCCCUGCUAUAGUAGUUAUAGCAAAUUGAGAUGAAAGGAUAUGUUCCGUGCUGGUAUCUUAAAUUUGACCCCAUACAUUUUCUGAAGCAACAAGCUUGAGGUUUUGGAUUAUACUAGUAAGCACUGCUCCUGAGCCAAUUUGUGCUGCUUUAAUGGGAUUAUUUGCUCAACUUGUCAUGCAGUAUCAGAGAAAAGCAGAAUAAAAUUGGUUAAAGUGCUGAGUGUAUUGUACAUAUUACAACAGCAAUUGGAAGAACAGUUUGUGCAAAUACCAUGAUUAAGUGAUAAAAUGUCAGCUUGUGGAGCCUCAUUACGCUUUGUAGCUCUGACAAUGUUGAAGGGAGCUUCUUCAGUCUCAUAUAAGAAGGCUGUUUAUGUUGGCAGGCCUUAACAAAUGAACAAGAGUGCAUUGGACAUCUGAACCUUGAUGAUAUUUACAUACUGAAAACAAAUUACGGGAGUUUUUAACAGCAUAAUGCAGUGCUUGACUGUUGCAGUCUUCUAAAUUGUGGAUUUCCACUUGCAAUGCGAAGAGUUUUCCUCGUGUAUUUUUAUCAUGAUCCAGGUGAAGUCUGAGAUCAGGGCAAUGUAGCACCCCUGAUUUUGUUUUUCUUUUUAUGAAUUAAAAAUAAUAAUUGUGCAUUUAAGUAAAGCACUUAACUAAAAUGCUCAUGGUGCUUUUUCGCAUUCCAUUUAAUAAAUUAGUUUCGAGAAGUAACACAGAUCUGGCUACUGUAAAAAUUUAUGCCACAAAAUCUAGGGGGCUACCUUGGUACUCUAUCUCAAAAGUUUGCCUUGAUAUUAAGGACGCCAUGUAUAUGGUAGACGAGGCAGCAGUCCCCUUACUGUAAGAAAGGCCUAGUUCUGCAUAACUAAUGUUUAUGAUGAUGAUGAUGCAAACUUUAUUUGGGUCCAGAGAAGACUCAGGGGAGACUAAUGUUUUUGUCAUAACUUUUAAUUGCCAUAGUACUAAAGGAAUUGUUCUCGUGCAGGUUUUUUUUCCAGCAUUUUUUAUAUUUAGGCGAGUUCAAAAGUGCUGUUUAUUCAAUACAUGGUCGUUUCCUAAGGCCUUAGUACAUUUUUUUUCAUGGGAAACAUGUCGUAGCAUUUUUCAUUUUCUUUGUACGGGAUGUCCUAAGUGCAAGGCAACCCGCUUCUAUUUUCAUUUCUACAUUGUCUCGUGGCGAACAUCUCCCUCCUCAGGCUGUAUCCUCCUACUCUAGAACAUACAAUCUCCCAAGUGCCUUAAGGUCUUUGUAUGCUGAGUUGGCCAGUUCAUGGGUGAUUUAAGCAUACAUCAGGCGUGAAAUCAUGGGAACCAUUAUUGACUCCUUAAUGUGCAAGUUCACGUAUUCACUAAUUUCAUUUAAAGAGGAGCAUUCAUUGUUCUUUUGAAACAAACAAGCCUGUUGUCCUUGAAAGGGCCAAAUUUCCAUAUGCACCAUCACUUGCAGCAAAUAACUAAAGUAUAGUAGUGUGGCAGUACUGCAUUUUAGGAAGUGUAGGUGGUGACUUCUGUGUAAUAUGCAGUGUAUAGCAUUCAUUUUGUUCAACUUGAAUAAUAAGUAAUGUACUCACUGUUAAGGAAACUUGCAUUGUCUACGCAGAAUAUAGCCGCUUACCCUUGUGAUGCUGGACUGCCAGUCAUCAAAGAAAAUUGUUUUUGAGAAAUGUCUGUGAGAGUUGCUUAGUGUCGGUAAAUGUCUGUCUUCUUCCAAAUGGAUCCAUUCACAUCAUUUCGUUAUAACUUGUUGCAUUUUUUGUUUUUGUAAGUGUUGAUGUAUAGAAUACUUUAUAUAAUAAAAAAAUAUUGUGUGCAUUAUAGUA